AUGUCGAAGCCGCCUUCCAGAGUUGUCUUCGUGGGCAACAUUCCCUAUGGCCUUUCCGAGGAGCAGAUCAGCGACAUCUUCAGCAGCGCCGGCAAGGUCCUCAACUUCCGCCUAGUCUACGACCGCGAAACCGGACGGCCCAAGGGUUUCGGUUUCGCAGAAUACCCAGACAAUGACUCAGCGGCAUCGGCUGUCCGCAACCUAAACGACUACGAGAUUAUGGGGAGGAAACUUAGGGUCGACUUUUCUAAUGAAGGCGGCAGUGAUGACAACAAUGAUAGCCACGGACACGGCCGAGAUGGCGGCAACCCCUCCCACGCCUCGAACGGAUACAACCCUGUCGCGCCGCCGAUGCAGUCGAGUACGCUGCCUCCUCUUCCAGCCGGCAAGGAGCUUCCCCCGAAUGUCACAGCGACCGACGCCAUUUCGCGGACUCUCAACACACUUCCCCCGUCCCAACUCCUCGAUAUCCUCACACAGAUGAAGGCACUGGCCUCUACCGACCCCGCCAGGGCGACGGAACUCCUCCAACAGGCACCACAGCUGGCAUACGCCGUCUUCCAGGCCCUCCUGCUCAUGGGUCUGGUGUCUCCCGAGGCGAUCCACUCCGUCAUAGAGCCCGGCGGCGCGCCCGUUGCGCCCCCAGCGCAGGCCGCGCCGAUCGGCUACCCGCCCCAGCCCACCCCCGGCUUCCCGCCGGUUCCCGUGAUGGGAGCUAAUAACACCCCGCCCGUCGCCGGCACGCCGUACGCGCCUCCCCCGCAGCAAGCUCCCUACGGCGCACCUCCGCCGGUUGCUGCACCUCUGGGUCAAGACCCCGACGCUCUCAUGCGGCAGGUUAUGGAACUGCCGAUGGAGACGAUCAACAUGCUCCCGGAGGCAGAGAGACAACAAAUUCUGGCGCUCCGCGCAAGCUUUGGUGGACAAAGGCGAUGA